CUCACCAACAGGAAGUUCAGCUGUAUGUGUAGUUUCUAGUAUGAUGGCGGAGAAUAUAGAUGAAGAGAACGCUGCACUUGGGGAAAACAGGAUGGCAUUACAGCAGGCCAUGAGCUUUCGUGGCCCUGCUCCACCUCCCAACACAGUGUUACGAGGACCCCCUCCAUUAUUACGACCCCCACCUCCGCCCUUCGGUAUGAUGAGAGGACCCCCACCACCCCCCAGACCUCCUUUUGGACGACCACCGUUUGAUGCCAGUAUGCCUCCUAUAGCCCCACCUGGAGCUUUACCCCCACCCAUUGGUCCCCCACACCUGCAGAGGCCACAGUUUAUGCCACCACCUAUGAGUAACAUGCCCCCUCCUCCCGGUAUGAUUUUCCCCCCUGGAAUGCCUCCAUCACCAGCAGCUGGGGCAGCUUCCGGUUUGCCCAGUGAUGAAAUCUGGGUAGAGAACACCACCCCACAGGGAAAGGUGUAUUACUACAGUGCCCGGACACGGGAGUCGGUAUGGAUUAAACCGGAGGGAGUAAAGAUUAUCCAGCAGUCAGAGCUCAAUCCUCUAAUGGCUGCCCCGUCUUCAGGAGCGGCAACAUCAUCAUCAAACACUUCUGUCGCUACUGCAUCUAGCAGCUCUGUCACAGCUGUGUCUGGUCCAGUCUCCACUCAGAGUCUGUCCCCCAACCAGACCCUCAGCACCAGCCCUGAUCCCAGCAGCAGCCCAACCCCUGCUACUACACAAUCCUCUACCACGUCUGGUCUUUCUGAGGUGCCUCCUGUUGACUCCACUCCUCCUGCUAGUGUUGGUGUGACCCCUGUUGCUGUGGUCAGUGUUCCUACAGUAACAGCUACAGUCACAGCUGUGCAGACUGUGCCACUGUUGCCUCAGAGUCUCCCUCCAGGCCUGUCUGCGGCCCAGCCACCUUCCGCAAUCCCAGCAUUCCCCCCGGUCAUGGUACCUCCAUUCAGAGUGCCUCUGCACGGCAUGCACAUCCCAUUGCCUGGUGUGCUGCAAGGCAUGGGCCCUCCUUUAGUACCCAUGAUGCACCCACAGUUGGCCCUCACUGCAACUCCUGCUCUUCCUUUUUCUGAAUGGACGGAGUAUAAGACUCCCGAUGGGAGGAUCUACUAUUACAACAAUCGCACUCUGGAAACCACUUGGGACAAACCUGCUGAACUAAAGCAUAGGGAUAAAGAGAGUGACAAGGCUAAAGAUGGCCAAGUUGAUGAUGAUUCAGAGUCCAAGGAUAUAGAUAUGGGUGGCAAAGCUAUCAACUUUGGCAUGCCCAAAGAGUUGCCCAGAGAGGAAGACAUGACAGAAGAGGAAAAAGCAGCACAGAAGGCCAGACCUGUAGCCACAAACCCGAUUCCUGGUACACCCUGGUGUGUGGUCUGGACUGGAGAUGAUCGCGUGUUUUACUACAAUCCAACUACAAGGUUAUCCAUGUGGGUCAAACCUGAUGAGCUGGUGGGACGUUCUGAUGUGGACAAAUAUAUUCAAGAACCUCCCCACAAAAGGGGUUCAAAUGAUAGCAGGAAAAUAGGCCUCAUCAGAGAGGAGCUUGAUGCAUCAACAGAGGACACACUGGAAGAUGAGCCUUCCAAGGCUAAGAAGAGGAAGAAGGACGAUGUGAAGGAGGCUGACACAGGAAAAGAUGCGUCUGUGGAGGCCGAGCUGAAGGCUGCUCGCGAUCGGGCCCUUGUGCCCCUGGAGGCUCGCAUGAACCAGUUCAGGGACAUGCUGCUGGAGAGAGGGGUUUCAGCUUUUUCUACAUGGGACAAGGAGCUACACAAGAUCGUAUUUGAUCCUCGAUAUCUGCUGCUGAACCCUAAAGAAAGGAAACAGGUGUUUGAUCAGUAUGUGAAGACCCGUGCUGAAGAGGAGAGGAAAGAGAGGAAGAAUAAACUCAUGCAGGCGAAAGAUGACUUCAGGAAGAUGAUGGAAGAUGCCAAACUUACCAUUAGGACCACAUUCAGCGAGUUUGCAGCAAAGCAUGCCAAGGAUCCUCGCUUCAAAGCCAUUGAAAAGAUGAAGGACAGAGAGGUCAUGUUCAUUGAGUUCAUGACAGCAUUCAGAAAGAAAGACAAAGAAGAUUCCAAGAAUAAAGUAGAAAAGGUAAAGCAGGACUUCUUUGAUCUGCUGUCUGAUCAUCAUGUGGACACCACCCAGCGCUGGACCAAAGUGAAGGACAAGCUGGAGACCGACCAGCGAUACAAAGCUGUGGAGAGCUCUGCUGCUAGAGAAGAACUUUACAAACAAUAUGUGGAGAAACAGGCGAAGAGCGUAGAUGCUGACAAAGAGAAGGAGCUGGAGAGACAGGCUCGUAUCGAGGCGAGUCUGAGGGAGAGAGAGAGAGAGGUGCAGAAAGCUCGAUCCGAACAAACCAAAGAGAUCGACAGGGAGCGAGAGCAGCAUAAACGCGAGGAAGCCAUCCAGCACUUCAAAGCUCUCAUGUCUGAUAUGGUCAGGUCAACGGAUGCAACGUGGUCAGAAACGAGGCGUAAUCUUCGUAAAGACCAUCGCUGGGAGUCGUCAUCUCUGCUGGAGCGACACGAGAAAGAGAAACUGUUUGAGGAGCACGUGGAGGCUCUGACCAAGAGAAAGAAGGAACAUUUUAGGCAGCUGUUGGAUGAAACCUCAAUGAUCACAUUGACCACCACAUGGAAAGAAGUGAAAAAGGUCAUCAAGGAGGACCCGCGCUGCAUCAAGUUCUCCAGCAGUGACAGGAAAAAGCAACGGGAAUUUGAGGACUAUAUAAAGGACAAAUACAUUACAGCAAAAGCAGACUUUCGAACUCUCUUGAAAGAAACAAAAUUCAUCACGUAUAGAUCACGGAAGCUGAUCCAUGAGUCAGACCAGCACUUCAGUGAUAUUGAGAAAGUCCUGCAGAACGAUAAACGUUACCUGGUUCUAGACUGUGUCCCAGAGGAACGCCGCAAACUCAUCACGUUCUAUAUCGAGGACCUGGACCGCCGAGGACCACCGCCACCUCCGACCGCUUCAGAACCAACCCGCCGCUCUACGAAGUGAGGUCACCGCUACCUCAAAGAACUUGAGCGCGGGUCAGUCCUAGAUUUGUCACAGCACGGAUGCUGACUGACUUUGAAACAUCUGUAUUAUCUACUCCAACUGUGCGACAUGAUUCCCAGUAUGCCCACUAGUUGUAGGCUAGCACAAAGCAAAUUGUUACUGUCAGUUUGUGAAGUUCAUGCAGCAGGCGGGGUGAAGUGAAUGCAUUUGUACAUCUGCCGCACUUGGUACUGAAGCCCUUUUGUGGCUAUGAUGUGGAUUAGGCUGCUAAAUCGAUUAUAGGAAUGCGCGCGUGAAUUAACUCUUGUACCAUCCAAUACAUGAUGUGUAUGUUUUUCUUAAUAUGGUUUGAUUUGGAAAUGUUGCUAUAUUUCUGUACGCAUUAACUGGAAAUAAACGCAACUAUUUUUU